UCAUGGAACAGUUCAAUCCCUGUUUGCGGAAUUUCAUCGCCAUGGGAAAGAACUACGAGAAGGCUCUCUCCAGGGAUGUGCUUUUCCAGAUGGCAGAGGUCCACCGACAGAUUCAAGUGCAGUUAGAGGAAAUGUUGAAAUGCUUCCACAACGAACUGCUGUCUGAGCUGGAGAAGAAGGUGGAAUUGGAUGCAAGAUACCUGACUGCGGCUCUUAAGAAGUACCAGAUGGAGCACAAAAGCAAAGGAGAGAGUCUGGAGAAAUGCCAGGGUGAGCUGAAGAAACUGCGGAGGAAGAGCCAGGGCAGCAAGAACCCCUCCAAGUACGGCGAGAAGGAGUUGCAGCGGCUGAUUGAGCAGGUCUGACAGCUUCCAUAUCUG